ACAGGAAAGCUUGACCCAGGCAUGCGAGGCCCGUAUAAAGUAACGAAGGUGCUGCCCAGCGAUCGAUACGAGCUGAAGCUGUUGAGUGGGGGCUAUGGAAAGACCACGCAAGCUGCGGCAGAAUACAUGGUGCCGUGGCGUGGAGAGUGGUGCCCCGAUACGUGCGCAGCAUUCUUUGCGAAUGAUGCUAACGAGGGUGACAAUGCGGGGCCACCACUUCAACCUGAUGACAACUCUUCAGCUCCAGCAGGGCCAUCAUCGCGAUCCGAUGAUUGCUCUUCGGCUCAAGCAGGGCAUCCUCCGCGACCUGAUGACAGCCCUUCGGCCCCAGCAGGGCCGCCACUACGACCUGAUGACGGCUCUUCGGCUCAAGCAAGACAUAAAACUCCCGAGGACAGGAUAGCGUCAGGAUAGGCCGUAUAAGUGUAGGGAGUAGAAUUUUUGUUAACGCUGUCCACCCUUUGCGCGCUCGCCUAUAUAAACGCCCCGCGCCAGACGCUCGGGCUUACUUUUCGGCGGCUCUCGGU